GCCAUACAAAAUGUCAACAUUUUUAAGAUAAAUUUUAGGCAAAUCCCAGAAAUAAAAAACUCUCCAAUUCUGCUAUGGGUGAGAAUGCAAAUUUGCUAAAAAGCGGCGGGGCGGAGGACACUGCGCCACAUCAGCAACCCUUGAGCUUAAGGCAGGAAUUGCGACGCGAGAAUUGCGGCCUGCAACAUCAUGCCCCAGAAGACUUUCUCCGUUCCCAAUGGCAAUCGGGUUUGACCUCCAGAUGGUUCCUGGGCUAUCGCUGGCUGCUGGGCAUCUUUUUUGGCACGGGCGUCAUCAGUUGCUUGGCCAAAUAUCAUCACAAUGGUCGCUGGUUCAUAUAUCUGACCGAUUGGGGUUUCCUUUUGUGUGGCAUUACCAGCGUUAGUGGUGCCAUAUUGGUGACAAUCCAUCACUGGCAUCCACAGCGAAUGGUACGAAAUGGCACAAAAAUAAAGGCAUAUUGGGUGUGCUAUUGGAUCAAUUUAGUAUUCGCAAAUGUGAUUGCUCUGGUGUAUUGGACGUGCAUCUAUCCCUUGGAUCGUGAUCCCACCAAUCCUGCAUACUUCACCGAUCUCUAUAACAUCUGGACACAUGCCAUGCCGCCGAUUCUGUUCACCAUGGAUCAUCUGAUAGUGGCACAACCAACGCGUCUGCUGCAUUUUGUGUAUCCCUUGGCCUUUGGCUGGUCAUACACGGCAUUUACUUUGAUAUAUUAUGCCAUGGGUGGUUUGGAUAUCAAGGGUCAUCGCUAUAUCUACAACGUUUUGAACUACAGCAAGCCCAGGCAAGCACUGCUGACCAUUGCUCUAAUUAGUGGCUCGUCUGUGGUUGUGUCUACCCUGCAAUAUGGAGUCUAUCGGCUGAGGACCUUGCUGGCCCGCAAGCUGGGCAAACUUCAGUGAUAUUUGUGCUCCCUCAAUUCAUAAUUGCAUUAAAGUGAAGCGUGCCAAAACUUAAAAAACACUCUGCACAAAAUACCACAGAGAGGCAGGGAAGAAGCAAAAAAAAAAAAAAACAUAGAUACCCAGUGGUAAAGAUAUGAAAACAAAAUUUUGCUUAUUUGUCCCUCUGAUAUGUCGGUCUUGUUAUGUUGUUUACGCCGCUCGCACGUGUCUGGAAAAUUAAAAGCUAAGCUCCC